CCCAAACGAAUCACGACCCAACCACUUGCUCUUUUUGGGCACGUGUCAGAAUCUCCUCCGUAGAUCUCUAGAACGGAGAAAUCGAGGCUCGCGCCUGAGAUUUUCUACAACGAAUCCCAACCACUCUGUGGGAGCUCAUCGCCAAAGCGUUGAAUACGUGGUGUGGAGUUCGUUUUAAGAAGAAGAGGAAGGAGAAACCUGCCCAAUAAUAGAGAGAGAGAGGGAGACGGAAGUGAUUUAACUGAUCGUACAGGAGAUGAGGACGCCGUCGUCCGGGGGGAGCAGCUCGCGGCGGUCCGGCCGCCGCCGGAUAGCCGACUUCCUCGCCGAGGAUGAAGACUCCGGCGACGAGCUCUUCUCCCCGGGGACUGGCGGCGGAAUGCUGCCGAUCUUCCUCAACGACCAGAGCGAGCUGGUGGAAGUGAUGCUGGAGCUGGACGAGGAGUCGAUGGUGGUCCGGAGCGUCACACCGACAUACGGCGGCACCGUGGCCGAUCCGGACCCCGGGGGGAACCUGAGCCGGAGCUCGUCGACGGCGUCGCGCAUCCGGCGGAAGUUCGCGUGGCUGAGGUCGCCGUCGCCGCGGCGGUCGCGGUCGCCGUCGCCGGUGCCGGCGAAGGAGUCGGCCGCGGCCGCCCUAGCCGCGCGGGACGCGCGGCGGAGGCAGGCCCGGCUGGACCGGACGAGGUCCGGCCCGCAGCGGGCGCUGAAGGGGCUCCGGUUUAUUAGCCGGACGACGGGAUCGGUCGAGGCGGCGGAGCUUUGGCGGCGGGUGGAGCAGCGGUUCGCGUCGCUCUCCAAGGACGGUUUGCUCUCCCGCGACGACUUCGGCGAGUGUAUAGGGAUGGUGGACUCAAAGGAGUUCGCUGUCGGUUUAUUCGACGCGUUGGCGCGGCGGCGGCGGCAAAAUCUGGAAAGAAUAACCAAGGAGGAACUGUACGAUUUCUGGGUCCAGAUUUCCGAUCAAAGUUUCGAUGCCCGACUCCAAAUCUUUUUCGACAUGGUGGACACCAACGUGGAUGGGAGAAUAACGAGAAAGGAAGUACAGGAGUUGAUCGUUCUCAGCGCCUCGGCGAACAAGCUGUCGAAGCUUAAGGAGCAGGCGGAGGAGUACGCUGCGCUGAUCAUGGAGGAGCUGGAUCCGGAAAACCUCGGGUACAUCGAGCUAUGGCAGCUGGAGGCGUUGCUGCUCCAGAGGGACAGCUACAUGAACUACAGCCGUCCGCUGAGCACGGCGAGCGGCGCCGGGUGGAGCCAGAACAUCGCCAGCGGGGGGCCGAGGGGGCCCCGGAGGAGCUGCGGCUGGCGAAGAAUGGCGGCGGCGGCGAGGCUGGCGGUGCAGGAGAACUGGCGGGGGGCGUGGGUGGUGGCGCUGUGGGUGGCAGCCAUGGCGGGACUGUUCGUGUGGAAAUUCGUGCAGUACCGGCGGCGGGCGGCGUUCCACGUGAUGGGGUACUGCCUCGCGACGGCGAAGGGGGCCGCGGAGACGCUCAAGCUCAACAUGGCCCUCGUGCUGCUCCCCGUCUGCCGGAAUACCCUCACCUGGCUCCGCUCCACUCGGGCCCGUCUCUUCGUUCCCUUCGACGACAGCAUCACCUUCCACAAGAUGAUCGCGACGGCGAUAGUGAUCGGGACGCUGGUGCACGCGGGUAACCAUCUGUCGUGCGACUUCCCACGUCUGAUCGGGGCGUCCCCGGAGAAGUACAGGCUGGUGGCGCGCGACUUCGGGCCGGAGAAGCCCACGUACAGGAGCCUCCUCGCCGGAGUGGAGGGCGUGACGGGCAUCGGGAUGGUGGUGCUGAUGGCGGUGUCGUUCACGCUGGCGACCCACCGGUUCAGGAAGAACGGGGGGAGGCUGCCGUUCCCCCUGAACCGGCUCACCGGCUUCAACGCCUUCUGGUACUCCCACCACCUCCUCGCCGUCGCCUACGGCCUCCUCCUCGUCCACGGCUACUUCAUGUUCCUCGUCCACAAAUGGUACCAGAGAACGACAUGGAUGUACCUCUCUGUUCCUCUGCUUCUCUAUGUAGGAGAGCGAACUCUACGAGCCUUUCGUUCCAAGGCUUAUUCUGUCAAGAUUUUAAAGGUAUCGUUACUACCAGGAAGCGUCUUGACCUUGACAAUGUCCAAGCCGCAUGGAUUUCGCUAUAGAAGCGGGCAAUACAUAUUCCUCCAAUGUCCCACAGUCUCCCCAUUUGAAUGGCACCCGUUCUCCAUCACUUCAGCUCCUGGGGACGAUUACCUCAGCGUCCACAUCCGGACCAGCGGCGACUGGACGCAGGAGCUCAAGCGCAUUUUCCUAGAGAACUACUUCUCACCGCGUUCAAUAGGAAGAGCUAUGUUUAACGAGUUUGGCUCAGUGAAUCAAAGAAGCUUGCCGAGAUUGCUUGUGGAUGGCCCAUAUGGAGCCCCAGCACAGGACUUUCGGAACUACGAUGUUCUACUUCUGGUGGGGCUUGGAAUUGGAGCUACGCCUUUCAUAAGCAUACUCAGAGACCUACUCAACAACAUUAAACUUGCAGAGGAGCUAAUGGAUUUAGCAAUGGAGACUAGCAGAUCAGAGGACAGCAGCAAUAGCUUCUCUACAUCCAGUAGCAGCAAGAAAAGACCAUAUAGGACUACCAGGGCCCAUUUCUACUGGGUUACAAGAGAGCCAGGAUCUUUUGAAUGGUUCAAAGGCGUGAUGAAUGAUGUUGCUGAAAUGGAUAAAAAGGGUGUGAUAGAGCUGCAUAACUAUUUGACGAGUGUUUAUGAGGAGGGUGAUGCCAGAACUACUCUACUUACAAUGGUGCAGGCCCUCAAUCAUGCUAAGCAUGGUGUUGACAUCGUCUCAGGAACCCGGGUGAGAACGCACUUUGCAAGGCCAAACUGGAAAGAAGUGUUUGCCAGAAUAGCUUCCACACAUCCUGGGGCCACAGUAGGUGUAUUCUACUGCGGCACGCCCAUAUUAGCCAAAGAGCUAAAAAGAUUAUCGCAUGAGAUGAGCCAAAAAACUACAACACGCUUCCACUUCCACAAGGAGUACUUCUAGUUUUCGACGGUAUAUAGGAGAUACAAGGGGAUCAAAAUUUUGUGUUACUUCUCUAAAAAUGACAGAAGGGAAACAAUCCCAUGUCCACUUGUAAAUGUAUAUAGCUUGUCUGAUAUAAAUCAUAGAAGAGAUGGUCACAGAGUUUGCUUUCACAAAGAGAGGGCCUAGAAGCUUUCUCGAUGAUCAGUUUUUAUAGCCACACAUGUAUACAGUCUGAUUACUUAUAAAUACUAAGAAUAUAGAAGCUGCCUCUUUUUAAUAUAUA